AUGGCUUCAUCUCUCCAGAUAGUACGCUCAUUAGAAAUGGGAAUCUUUUUCCCAGUAAACUUAAUUGGCAAUCUUCUAGUCAUUAUAGUGAUCAAACGCACUAAAAAAGACUUGCGGACUCCAGUGAAUUAUUUGUUAGGAAACCUGGCUGUGGCAGACAUAACAGUGGCCUUCUUUAUGGUCGUGGACCAAGUUUUCUUUGAUACGGCCAAUCAUCCCGGAGGCUUGACAGGUGAUUAUCUGUGUAAGCUCCUCACUGGAAAGACCCUCUCCUGGGUAGGGUCCGUGGCUUCCGUAUGUACACUUUUAGCUAUAGCUUUCGAGAGGUUCUACGCAAUUGUCUUGCCUUACCACCGCAGAGAAAGAAUCACCAAGAAAAAGGUUGGCGUCCUUGUUGCGUCGUGCUGGGUAUUUGCCUUUUUUUUCAACGCGCCUUUAUUUGUUGUUCGCAAAUUUAAUGACGACCCAGGGACUGGGUUCUUUUGCAGAAGUUCCUGGCCAGACAAUCGAUUAGGACUUAGCUAUAACUACUUAUGGUUGAUGUUUGUGGGAGUAAUCCCAGUUUGUGUUAUGGUGUUAUUUUAUGGUAAGAUCGUCCACAACCUGUGGCACAGCGAAAGACAAGCUGUGCACGGAGCACAACUGGCUCGUUUGAAUUCAAGAAAGCGAGUCACAAAAAUACUUGUCACUCUGAACAUUAUUUACGCAUUCUGUUGGUUUCCCAAUUUGUUGAUAAACGUCAUCGUUUAUUACAUAGCUAACCCCAAACUUUACUCGAUCGGUUAUCUUGUGACGGAGUUGCUAGUGCUGUUGAACUCCAGCAUAAAUCCGUUUGUUUAUGCUUUGCAAAGUAAGCAGUUCCGAAUUGCCGUUAAGAACAUACUUUGUUGUAGAAAAAGAGUGGAAGUAAGACCGCUCGCUACGUUCGAUACCCGGGCUGCUGAUAGCUCUAAAGGGAGUGUUAAUAUGCCACAUUUGACACAAAGAUAA